CUGGCCCGAGCCGUGAUGUGAUAUUCCGGAAGCAGAGGGGGAAGUGGCACCGGGAGAAGUAGCACCGGGCAGUCCGAUCACAGCCUCGACCGUGACCAUGGCCGACAGUCACACCCAGAAUAAAGCCAAACUCAUUUCGGAGACCCGACAGAGGUUCGAAGCUGAGUUUGUGACAGAUAAGCCAGAGAAGUAUGAUGCCCGGGACUUAGAAAGGCUGCAGCAGGAUGAUCACUGGGUUGAAAGUUACUUAAUUUGGCGCCAUGAUGUGGUGGAUGAGACCCUGAAGAUGAUCGAUGAAAGUUUUCAGUGGAGGAAAGAAAUAUCUGUUAACGAUUUGAAUGAAUCUUCCAUUCCUCAAUGGUUACUGGAAAUUGGUGGUAUUUAUCUCCAUGGUUAUGACAAAGAAGGCAACAAGUUGUUCUGGAUCAGGGUGAAGUAUCAUGUAAAAGACAGCAAAACCAUUAUGGACAAAAAGAGGCUCAUAGCUUUCUGGUUGGAGCGUUAUUUCCGGCGAGAAAAUGGCAAACCAGUGACGGUGAUGUUUGACCUGUCCGAGACGGGGUUCAACAGCAUAGAUAUGGACUUUGUACGUUUCAUCAUUAACUGCUUUAAGAUUUACUACCCAAAAUAUGUCUCAAAAAUAGUCAUCUUUGAUAUGCCUUGGAUAAUGAAUGCUGCUUUCAAAAUUGUGAAAUCCUGGCUAGGUCCCGAGGCAGUGAGCUUAUUGAAGUUUACCGGUAAAAGUGAUAUACAGGAUUAUGUGAGUGUCGAGUAUCUGCCUCCGCACAUGGGUGGAACUGAUCCUUUCAAAUACAGCUACCCUCCUCUCGUUGACGAUGACUUCCAGACCCCUUUGUGUGAAAAUGGGCCAAUCGCCAGUGAGGAUGAAUGCUCCAGUAAAGAAGACGCUGAAAGUGAUAGUAAGGAAAACUUGGAAACAGUUCCUAAUGAGGAGCCAGCAGCAGUUACCAAAAUGGUCAAUUUGAACAGUCCAACAAAAAGCGAUGUUACUAAAGGAGAAGAAAAUGAAAAAGUUGAUUCCAAAAUUAAAACUGUCAAGAAACCACUGAGUGUGUUUAAAGGGCCCUUACUACACAUCAGCCCUGCAGAAGAACUGUAUUUUGGAAGUGCAGGCUCGGGAGAGAAGAAAACCUUAAUAAUAUUGACAAAUGUGACUAAAAAUAUUGUGGCUUUUAAGGUGCGAACCACAGCUCCAGAAAAAUACCGAGUCAAGCCCAGCAACAGCAGCUGUGACCCUGGAGCUUCAGUUGACAUUGUGGUGUCUCCCCACGGAGGUUUAACUGUCUCUGCCCAAGACCGCUUUCUCAUCAUGGCUGCAGAAAUGGAGCAGCCAUGUGGCACAGGCACAGCUGAACUGAGUAAUUUCUGGAAGGAAGUUCCGAGAAACAAAGUGAUGGAGCACAGGUUGAGAUGCCAUGUAAUCGAGAGCAGUAAGCCUAACACUCUCAUACUAAAGGAUCCUUCUUUUGGCCAGUUAGACAAAGCCAGUGAAGACUUUGCUCUACAGCUCAGUCGUAUACUAGAAAGUAAUAGGAAGCUUGAAGACCAAGUGCAGCGCUGUCUGUGGUUCCAACAGGUCUUGCUCUCAGUGGCUGUGCUUUUGCUUGCUUUCGUCAUCUCUUUAUUCUAUUUGUUGUAUAGUUAAAGAAAGUGGUACGCCCUAGGAAACAAGACUCUUCGUUCAUUAGGCGGAAAGAGUAACAGAUCCCCCAACUUCACCAGGCUGCUAACCAUGCUGCACAUGUGCACUUCCACCAGGAAGUGUGUUGCAAACCACCUAGAAAGGAAAAGAAA